UUGAUCACUGCGCGCUGUUGACAGUCGGAGUCGCGAGAGCUUGGUGGCGAUUUAACGGCAUUAAGCGGCAGCGGGCUGUCGUUAUUCGGUUGCCGUGGGUUCGGUGUGUAUGCACGGUUUGAAAAUGAUCCCCACAGCCAAUCCCGAGCGGUAGUAAUGCAGUUACGAGCUCGUGAAGCGGCCGAUUGUCCUCUUGACUUAGCUCGCGCUCGCUUAGCCGCCACAGGCUAAUUAAUUAAGCGAUGUUGUUGAAUUAUUAUUCUUUAUAUAUCCACUGAAAUAGAGCAGCUGCGCCACAACGCACCUCCGAACGCCAUACAACAUCGCGUUGCAUGAACACGAGGGAUUAAACGCAGGUGGAGCUGGAAACAUUGUGCAAGAUGUAAGAACCGAAAACACACUUUUUAAUCAUGACGACCCCCUCACCCUCUUCUAAACUAUAGGAAUACAUCACGUGCCCCCCAAACACACACACACACACACACACACACACACACACACACACACACACAGGAAAACCAACGGAAGUGACACGCACACACAUCAUCACACUACUAGGUGUGUCAGCCCGCUGUCUGGGUGUAAGGUGUGCAGGGGUGUGCUCUUUAAGGGAAGAUGUCAGCCGUCUUCCCCCCCGAUGGGAUGAUGGAGGGGGAGGGCACCCUGUCCACCGACGGUCUCGCAAGCACCCGUGGUAAAAGUAGCCCGUCAGCGCCCGCUAAAGACAUCAACGUAGACGGUACAGAACCUGACGAGAACCUUUCACAGGAUGCACAGAGACGCUGUCAGAAUCAUGGUCACACUAGGAAACGAGCCAAGUCUAACGCAAAGCUGAAGCUGGUGAGGAGUCUCGCAGUUUGUGAAGAAUCAUCAGGACCGUUUUUAACCGAUGGACCUCCAGAAUCACAGGACAUUAUACAGCUUCACAUCAGCUGUCCAUCUGACAAAGAAGAGGAGAAAUCAUCAAAAGAUGAGUAUGAGAAUGAAGAGAGGGAAAAGAAGGAUAAAACUCCACGCAAGAUGCUUUCCCGCGACUCUAGUCAGGAGUACACUGAUUCCACAGGGAUUGAUGUGCAUGAGUUCCUGGUGAACACACUGAAAAACAACCCCAGAGACAGAAUGAUGCUGCUCAAGUUGGAACAGGACAUGCUGGAGUUCAUUAAUGAUGAAAAUAAUCAGUACAAGAAGUUUCCUCAAAUGACCUCGUAUCAUCGCAUGCUGCUGCAUCGAGUGGCUGCCUAUUUCGGCAUGGACCACAACGUGGACCAAACGGGCAAAGCGGUCAUCAUCAACAAGACCAGCAACACACGCAUCCCUGAGCAGAGGUUUUCUGAGCACAUUAAAGACGAGAGGAACAUCGACUUCCAGAAGAAGUUCAUCCUGAAGCGAGACGAUGCCAGCAUGGAUAAAGAUGAUAAUCAGAUCCGGGUACCGCUGCAGGACGGCCGUCGCAGUAAGUCCAUCGAGGAGCGAGAAGAGGAGUACCAGCGCGUCAGAGAUCGCAUUUUUGCACGAGAAUCCUCUCAAAAUGGAUACAUCAAUGAUAACAGAAUGUCCACUGACGGCUACUCCUCAUCCUCCCAAAAGAGGAGGCAGAUCUUUAGGGGUAACAGGGAGAGCUCGAGUCGGGCAUCCAGCAGUCGUCAGAGCAGCACUGACAGUGAUAUGAAGAGUCUGGAGCCUCGGCCCUGGAGCAGCACCGAUUCAGACAGCUCGAACCGCACGCUCAGACCGCCGGUCACUAAAGCCAGCAGCUUCAGCGGCAUCUCCAUCCUCACACGAGGAGACAGUCUGGGCAGCAAGGGCUCGCAGGGCAGCGCCAGGGGCUCUCGCACAGGUCUUCCCACGGUCACUCCGGAUAUUUGUCCGCUAUCACAACCGCCCCAUCCGGGCCGUGGCCUCUUGCCCUGCCCCUGCCCCUCCAGUGUCUCUCAAAGCCAGAGCCAACCUGCCCCCCCACCCCCUCAAACUGCCCUGCUGCCCACCCCGACUCUCACACACACCCACACGCAGCACACCAUCAGCACACACAAUCACAUGCUGCCUCAGCCGUCUGCGCAGGCUGUGUCUUAUUCAAACCCCUCGUGCCCUCAGGUCAUCUUGCCUGUUUCUCCUUCCCAGCAGUACAACAUGGGAGAUGAAUUGACUCCUGGUUUCGGGCAGAUGUCUUUGAGUCGUCAGGGCUCCAGUGAAGCUCCAGAGCCGCCUGGCCUGUACCAGCACCCUCCACCCCAGCCCAGUUACAUCAUCCCCCCACCGCCGUCUGGAUACCAGCCCCCUGCACCCCACUCGCACCCUCCUCCACCCCCACCCACACAGCCAAUCAUGCAGACAGCGCCACCUGCACAGGGUUACAUGCAGGCACCUCCACCUCCUCAGCAGAUCCAGGUGCAGUAUUAUUCUACAGGUGGACAGUAUCCUAGUUCAGGGCAGCAGUAUAGGUCCAUAUCUCACCAGGUGUCGUACCCCACACAGCGCUCUCAGCCUCUCCCCCCGCCAGCGCAGCCCUCUGCUCCUCUACAGCCCAUGAUGUCCAAUCAGCAGCCUGCAUACCAGAGCAUGAUGGGAGUUCAGCAACCACAGAGCGCCAGUAUGAUGAACACACAGCGCACGGGCAUGAACGGACAAAUGCCAGGAAUGAUGGUCUCGUACCCUUCUAUGCCCUCUUAUCAGGUGCCUGUAGCCAAUGAGAGCCAGUCUGUGGUUCAGCAGCAAUUCCAGCAGCCUGUCAUGGUGCCCGCUAGCCAGUCAGUACAGGGAGCCAUGCCAACUGCUGCGCCCAUGCCCGUUUAUUACAGCGUACUGACCCCUACACAACAGAAUAGCACAAGUCCGUCUGUGGGUUAUCUGCAGCCGCCCAGUUCUGAUCAGUACCAGAUGACCCAGUCUGCCUCUCCCUGCAGCCAACAACAAAUACAGCAGCAGUAUUCAGGGGUCCCACCUCCUGGCCCUAGCGUCAUGGUGAUGCAACUCAGUGUUCCAAAUGGGCCACAGCCGACCCAGAAUCCUCCACUGGUGCAGUGGAACCCCUGCAAAUACUACAGCAUGGAGCAAAGAGCCAGCAAACCAGAACUGCAGGUCAGUACUCAGCUGAACAGUCCACUGGCAUCUCCCACUCAGUCUCCAGCUCCCUCUCCGUCUGGCAGUGUAAACAGUGUGUGUCCCGGUCUUGGCCCACUUCCUCUCAUUUCACAGUUCCCUCGACCCGGCGGGCCAGCACAAGAUGGGAGAUACUCUUUACUGGGCCAGCCACUGCAGUACAGUCUGUGUCCACCACCCAUCAUGCACAACCACAACCAGUCCUCAUACAGCUCUCAUCAGAAUCAAUCAGUGAUGAAACAUGGUGCUCGCAGUAAAAGACAAACACUCAAAUCUGCCUCUACAGAUCUUGGAACUACUGACGUGGUGGUCAGUCGAGUGUUGGAGGUGACCGAUCUCCCAGAAGGCAUUUCUCGUCCAGAGGCUGAGAAGCUUUUCAACCAGCUUUCACUCUGUGGUGCCAAGAUCCAAUGGCUGAAGGACCCACAGUGUUCCCGGGGUCCCACAUCUCACUCGGGCCCCAGAGGAGACUACCACGACCCCGCUCACCUGUACACCGUCGUGGCCGUGUUCCCUAACACAAUGGCCGCUCAGAGCGCGUCCUUCAAACUCAACAACAGCGGCGGCAGUUUGUUCAAGCUGCGCGCGACGAAAAACAACUAUGACUUGCGUGUGCUGGAGAGAGCUAGCUCGCAGUGAGUGCGGAGAGAGAGAGAGAGAGAGAGAGAGCGUACGACGGAGAGGAAGCUGAAGAUGUCAAAGGGAAGAGAUUCAUUAGGGAUGUUUUUUAUUAUUUUCUAUCAUGACCAGAAGAGCACAUAUGACACAGAAGCGUGUUGCGUUGUAUGUGUAUUGUAUGACACGCGCACACUCUCACAGACUCACGCGACGAGAUCAGUUGCUCACCUUCAUGUUGUUCUAAACCCAUAUGACACGGGUCACGUCCACACUAAUACAUUUUCAUUUGAAAAGGCAUACAUUUAUGUCACUCAUCCACAUUAGAACGGCAUUUUCUUCCACAGAGAACAUGAUUAGUGUGGACGAGGCCUUGCUUUAUGUCUUGGCUGCUCUUUUCAAUAAUACAAGUAAAUGGGGCUUCAAAAUUACAAAAAGAAACCAAUAUAAUUAAAAAAAUAUAUAAGCACAAGAGUAGUCCAUGUAACUUGGAAUUGUAGUCUUCCAAGUCACACGAUAGCUUUGUUUGUGAUUCACCGAAAAUCUUUCGCUCAAAUCAGUUUGAGCGAAUCAAUGGCACCAUGAGAUUUGCGAGAACCAGUUGAAUUUGGAAUUGUAUGUCGACGCCAUUUUUGUAGUUUAUACGAAUUUUGUAAUCCAUAUCAGAGCUUCAGAAGUCACAAAUUGUAUAGACUACAUUAGUAAUAAAUUUAUUAUACUUUUUGUGUCAUUUUGGAGCUAGACAGACCGAGUCCCCAUUCACUUCACUAUAUGUCAAAGAGCGGCCAGGACAUUCUUCAAAAAUGUCCCUUUUGUGCUCCACAGAAGAAAGUCAGAUGGGUUUGGCUGAGUAAAUGAUCUUGAGUGAACUAUUCCUGUAACAAACCCUCCAUUCAUGCACAUUUUCUUGCGGUGCAUUCUUUCUAUCCGUCUACAUUCUCCAUAAAUCUCCACAUUCUCUCUCACUUCCUCUGGCGAGCUUUCUCGUUUUCCCGCUCUCUCGCGUGCUCACUUUCGAUUCUUCCUCUAUCACUUCCUUCCUCUGCUUUCUGUUUUGCCUUAACGCUGUUGUGGACUUCUGUACUGCGCUCUUUAUUUUCUCUCUCUCUGAUGAAAUCAUCUUUUCUCAGUUCAGUAUAUUUAUAUAAGUGAUGUAAGGAUUAUAAGAAAUAAUCUAUAUAUUCAGUGAUUCUUUUCCCGUGGAUAAGUUGAAACUCCUUUUCCCGCCCAUCCUCCUCCUCUCCUCGUUGUGUUUGCGUUUUUCGUUGACAGCUGUGCAGAAAGUAUCUGAGGUAUUUAAAAGUGCACAAUGAUUGCGAAUGUCUACUGUAAAUUCCAUUUAAUCUGUUAUUUUUUGUUUGUUUUUAAAAAUAUAAAAGAUAAGUAAAAGAUA